AUGCGUUUCAUUAGCACCACGCUUUUCCUUGCGAUCCUCUCGGUUGUGAAUGCGGCACCCCUAGGGUCUGCUGUCGACGCUCAGGCCGACGCCGACCUUUCUCUCCCGCUCCUCCGCGGUCUUGCCCCCACCGUUAAGCAAGCCGUCACGGAUGUCAAUGUCGCGUCCGGGACUGCCCUCAAGGAUAUCAAGGGCACAGUCGGGACCGCCCUCACGGACGUCCACGAUACACUGGGACAUGUCCUUACGCCGGGCACCAAGGGUACCGUUGGACCCCUGCUCACGGAUGUCGAUCGCACAGUCGGCCACGUCCUCACCAAUGCCCAGAGCACACUUGAUCAUACCCUCGACAAUACCAAGACUACCGUCAGCCAUGCGCUCACUGGAGUGAAGAAGACGCUGGCGCCGGGCGGGCGACUUUUAGGCAUCUUGUAA